CGCGAAUAAAAAAUACUGCGAAACGGAAGAAAAUACCUUUGAACGACGCGGCGAAAUAAUUUAUAUUUUGGUGAGAAGUAGUUUCCCGCACAUGCAAAUAUAAUUGCAUUUUUGGAAUUGAAAAAUAUAUUUUUCAUACCGUUUUUUGGUGGAACACAAUGGAAGAAGUUGCUGUUUAUCAUUUCUCUGCCCUGAAAAUGUUUGCUUGAAAUAAGCUCCAUAUAUUCCACCUAAAUAAAAUAUGGGACAGGAGAUAUCACAGCAAAGGAAAUGCAAUAUUAUUAGACGACACAAAUCACACCAUCAAAUACCACCAACCAAAUCUAUCCAACCGAAAACAACACAACGUGACAUAACGAAAAAUCCUAAAACUACCAACAACAAUCUCAUAUCGUCCAACGGCAAAUACACCAGGCACUCACAGGAUUUCCAAAACGUCUACGCGCCUACUUCAAGCAUCUCGACCGCCUCUUCCAGCUCCACGGAUGAAGAACCUUAUCGAUUGCGACAGAAAUACAACUUGAAUAAGCAGACUUAUGAAAAAUUUCGUGUGUCAAAGAAACUUAGUCUCGUUAGUAACAGUACCGAUCAGAGCACCAGCACGAGCACGAGCACAAGUAAUUCCAUCUCGACCAGCGCCACUUCUUCGAAUUAUCAAAACUCAAAGUCUUCUGAGCCGACUUACAAUAAUAUUGAGAGGCGAGCGACGCAACAUAGACGCAAAAAUUCUUCGAGUACCACGGAUAGCGGUGUCUACUACGCGCCUAGCCACUGCACUUCCUCGUUCAUUUCAUCCUCAGCCACAUCUUCCUCGUCGUUGUGCUCGACUAGUGCGUGCUGCUGCGCCACUUCCGUCACAUCCUCAUCCAACCAAUCGCGCAGUUCGCUCGAUCAAAAAAAGAAUUAUCUCUGCAAGCAUCUUUAUAUCAAAUCGUAUUUGGACAUUUUGGAGGAGGACGAAAAGGCGCGCGCACAAUUCAAAUCGGCGCGUCCCGGCGGUAUACGCAACUAUAAACCGAAGAUUUUGGGCGAGGCGACGCUUUCUUCCAGUGCGCCACACAGCACCGGUUUUAGUAUCAGCAGCAGUAAUUUGAAGCUGCGAGAAAAGUGCAAAGAGGAUCCGUGGAUUUGACAAUUACUGAA